GAUGGAGAUCAGUCCUGAAACUUCCAGUCAUCUCAUUCUUUUUUCCUCCUUUCUUCCUCUCUAAUUCUCUCUCUCUCUCUCUGAAGGUCACGUUUGAAUUCACAACAUCAUCAAAUCUCACCCGUUUUGAUUCUCUUCAUCCUCUGAUCGGGAUUGGGAUGUCCGUGUACUUUAUCAAAUCCCUGUUGAAAUUCCAUCGCUUCAUUAUCCGCUGUGGUUGAACCACAACUGAAACUUUUUCCUCUCUCUCUCGCUCUCCUCGCUCUGGAUUGUGCGGAGCUUUCAGAUUUCAAUUUAUUUCUGAAGAAGCUCAAGACAGAACUGCAAUAGCGAUGAUUUCAAUUGAUGUAUCUGGGCAUUAAUUUCAUUCUUUUAAAGGUCGAAAAGAAGAAUGGUGGAGAUGCAGAUCGUAACCAGCUAAAAAUGAGAUCAAUAAGGUUUUUGGUUCCAGGUUUGUUUUGGAUUGCUCUCCAAAAGCUUGCUGAUCAGUUUCUACUAAUUUCAGAUAUCUACUGGAAGAUAGAGCAUCACCUGACGUGCACCUCAUACAUCUGCACUGCUGCUGAGUGUGAUCACGCUGAGAAAUCUGGAUUUGAAUGGAUUUGCUGUCUAUAUAUCACCAGAAUUAUAAUUAAUCUCAACAACAUGAGUCAAUACCUCUUUUCAGGAUCAUGAAGCUAACUAAAAGGCCUCUCCAGUGGUUGAAUUCAAAGUCUCUCUCUCAACAAUGGGAAAGGUGAUCACUGAAAAUACCAGAGGGCUCUUGGGAUAGCAACUGAACUGUAGGGUUCAUGAAGAUGCGAGGCUAAAUCUGAUCCG